AUAAAAGAAGAGCAUAAUUCAAGAGAGGACCAUCCACCGCUGAAAUUUGCUUAACAGAGUAAAUUAUCAAAUAAUAGCCAAAGUUGUCAUAUGGCACAAGUGAAAUUGCUAGGUUUUUGGUAUAGCCCAUUUACUCACAGAGUUGAGUGGGCUCUAAAGAUUAAGGGCGUGAAAUAUGAAUAUAUAGAAGAAGAUCGAGAUAACAAGAGUUCUCUACUUCUUCAAUCCAAUCCAGUUCACAAGAAAACUCCAGUGCUCAUUCACAAUGGCAAGCCUAUUGCGGAGUCUAUGAUAAUCGUUGAAUACAUUGAUGAGACAUUUGAAGGCCCUUCCAUCUUGCCUAAAGACCCUUAUGACCGAGCUUUAGCUCGUUUCUGGGUUAAGUUCCUUGAUGAUCAGGUGGCAGCAAUGGUGAAUGCUUUCUUACGCAAAGGAGAGGAGCAAGAGAAAGGUAAAGAGGAAGUUUGUGAGAUGUUGAAAGUAAUUGAUAAUGAGCUCAAGGAUAAGAAGUUCUUUGUGGGUGACAAAUUUGGGUUUGCUGAUAUGGCUGCAAAUUUUGUGGGACUUUGGCUAGGAAUUUUUGAAGAAAGCUCUGGAGUUGUAUUAGUGACAAGUGAAAAAUUUCCAAAUUUUUGUGCCUGGAGAGAUGAGUAUAUUAACUGCAGCCAAGUCAAGGAAUAUCUACCUCCGAGAGAUGAGGUGCUUGCUUUUUUCCAAGCUCGUGCUCAAGCUGCAGGUUCUGCUUCUGCUAAAAAAUGAACACAUCCUCAUCCAUCUCAUGAAGUAAUAUAUGUAUAAAUAUAUGUGUGUGUGUGUGUUGGAAUAAAACUGCAUAUCUAGGAUGAGUUCUGUAGAUCCAAUUAUGGAUACGUAUUAUGCAAAGAAAAAAAUUAGAAAUAUAUGUUUUUAUAAGAUUAA